CCCACCCCCGAGGACGCCCGAGCAUCCCUUGUCCCUUGUAACCCCCUUUGCCCGGCCCCUCCUGGCCCUCCUCCUCCUCCUGCUCACCUCUGGGCCUGUUUUCUCUCUGUACUCUUACUCCUGUGUUUGGGUUCCUCGAGGUGUUUAUUGUUACUGUGUGGGUCACUGGGGUGCCGUUUUAAAAGGCAAGAGAAGAAGGAACUGUAUCCAGGACGGGGACAUCGGGGGGCGGCUGGGGGGUCGGUGAUCCCGAGACCCUCCUAGACUAUAGACAUGCCCAUCCCCUUUUCCCAUGCCCCUGGAGCCGGAUUUUCGGUUACUUUUAUGGAGUGAGUACUUUGGAGAUAGGCUGAGACCCUCGGCCCUACACACAAGCAAGUCCGCUGUCCUUGGGUGUGCAAGCUGCCUGGUGCUGAAGUUCACACAGACGUGUGCUUGACCCUGGCCUCCUGCAGUGUAGACGUCUCCACUGGGCACGGUCUGAAGGCGCCAUUGGAAUUUCAGCUCCAUAAAAUUCCAGCCGUGUGGAUUGGCCAGCCAAUCUGGAAGUAGGAAUGGGUGGCACGUGGCACGAUGGUUUACGAAAUAGCUGCCAUGGAUGCACUUGUAGAAGAUGAUAUCUGCAUACUGAAUCAUGAAAAAGCCCAGAGAAGAGACCCCAUGACUCCAGGCUCGAUAUAUUCCGGAGAUGAAUCUGUUGCUUCCCAUUUCGCCCUUGUCACUGCAUAUGAAGAUAUUAAAAAACGACUCAAAGAUUCGGAGAAGGAGAACUCUUUGUUGAAGAAAAGAAUAAGGUUUUUGGAAGAAAAGCUUCUAGGAGCUCGAUGUGAUGAAGAGACAAGUUGCGUGGGACGAGAACAAGUGAAUAAGGCCUAUCAUGCCUAUCGAGAGGUCUGCAUUGACAGAGAUAAUUUGAAGAACCAAUUGGAUAAAAUGAAUAAAGACAAUUCUGAAUCUCUGAAAGUAUUGAAUGAACAACUGCAGUCUAAAGAAGUAGAACUCCUCCAGCUAAGAACGGAAGUGGAAACUCAGCAGGUGAUGAGGAAUUUAAAUCCUCCAUCAAACUGGGAGGUGGAGAAGAUGAACUGUGACCUGAAAAUCCACGGUUUGGAAAAAGAACUGGAGCUGAUGAGGAAAGAAUGCACUGAUCUCAGAACUGAACUACAGAAGGCUAAGCAGACGGCUCCGUCGGAGGAGGACAGCCUGAAGAGCAGCACUGUGCAGAGAGCCAGCGUGUCAAGUGACAAUAUGCAGCACGCAUACUGGGAACUGAAGAGAGAAAUGACGAAUCUGUACCUGGUGACUCAGGUACAAGCUGAGCUGCUGAGGAAGCUGAAAGCCCCCGCUGCAGCCAGGAAAGCCUAUGGCCCAACAGCCUGCACUGAAGACUUUGGGAAGGACAGCACAAAACUCCACUUGACAAAUUUUACUGCAUCAUACAAAAGACACGCCCCUCUCUCACCAACUAGCAGAGCUGUCUGUCAAAGUACAUCUCCCCCUUUUCCAGGAGAUACAAAGAUUUUAUCAGAGAAAGCACUUCUGCAAUCAUGGACAGAUAAUGACAGAUCCAUUCCUAAUGAUGGUACAAACUUUCAGGAACCCAACUCUUACAGCAGAAGUUCUCUAGAAGAUAAUUCUUGGGUGUUUCCAAGCCCUCCGAAAUCAAGUGAGACAGCAUUUGGGGAGAGUAAAAGUAAAACUUCGCCUUUGCCCAAUCUGCCAUCACUGCAUUACUUGGAUCAACAUAAUCAAAACUGCCUCUAUAAGAAUUAAUUCUGAAGAGAUUGUUGAUUUAUCAUGAGGAUGCUGUAUCUCUUGGUAGCUCUCCCCAGAAGUUAUUUCACAGAGUGGAUUGUGACCGUCUUCAGUGUAUAUACAUUUGAACACAUCCUAUUUGAUAUUAUGCACUUGAUUUACCAAUGUGAAAGAAGAGCCUUCCAGCUUCAUAGUCAGAAUCAGAUGUAUGCCACACUCCCAACUGAAGGUGUGUUGCAGAAAGACAAGUCUGGCUUUCAUAACAACUGUAAAAUUUUGCUUCUCAAAAAUAUGGUUUAGCAAAGUGUAUAAAAUAUUCAAAUAUCCAUUUGUGAAAGUCAAAAAGCACUAAUACAAGAGAAAAAACAAACUUGUAUGUUUCAGGCUGCAUAAAAAGCUCAUAUGGCAGUGUGAGUAAGUUUCUGUUGACUUUUUAACGCAUAGAUUUGGGAAAUUAUUACAGUGGAAUAAAAGUAUACGCUGCUGCAUCAAUAAUGCUGUUAUGUUUCAAAGUGUAAGAUAUGAUAGGUGUAGUCAGUGUUAUUUGUUGAUACAAUGUUAUUUGUUGAUACAAUUGUAAUUUUAGAAUUACAAUUUGAAUUUUAAGACUUGAGGUAACUUGCUCAGAGGCCAAUUCUGUCUCAGUGCGCUCCUCCAGCCCUAACUAGGGGGAAGAGAGCAAUGAUGAAGUGUAAGAACUGUGUGAUAUACGAAUAAACUAUGACAAUAUAUAUUAUUCAAUUAGAAUUAGAAAGACCAUCACACAGAUCCGUCUGUCGUUUCAGUGUCUGUAAUGAAAAUGGGUGUGUCAUGUUUUUCAAAGGGAAUACAGCUCCUGAUUACUUGGAACAGCUUACAAAUUUUAUACUUUGGCUCGAUGUAUAAUCUACUUAUCGAUAAAGUGAUUUUUAACUAGUUGAAUUAGGAAUUUUUGUUCUAGCACCAAAUUUUAUAAUGUAUUGAUAAUAGUCCAGUAGUGAAAUGUCCCCCACCUCUUACAUUCUGUGUGGCAAAUCAAAUUCCUUGUAAAAAAGGAAAUUUAAAAAUGUGGCUUCACUUGGAAAUUUAUCUAAAUUCAAAUAACGUUAUUAAGAAUGAGUAAUACACUACUUACAUCUUUUUCCUGGAAUAAAGUAUUUCAUGUUGUGAGACUUUACCCUUUCUGAUAGUUUCUUGUAUUUUGAACUCUGAUAUCUAAGAUGUCUUGUAUCACUGUAGCAUACAUACAGUGUUCACCAUUCACUAGAGAUUUCUGCCUUUGUAUUAUCUUACUUAUUCAAGCUUCUGUGAUUAAUGGAAUUGGUUUCAGAUGCUGGAAUUUAUUCUGACCAAUGAACAUAGCAGACUCAAGGGAAUAGAGCCUCCUGCCAAGUGACAGCAUAGAACCCAAUACGCAUGAAACAAAUGUUAGAGUCCAGGCUUUAGCUAAAGAGACCAACUACCUGUGUAAUGACAGAGCAGCAGGAGCUGUUCCUCAUGUGGCCGCAUGGGCAUGCAUGAUACAGCUCACUGGUGUGCCUUUAUUAAAACCAAGACUAGGAAUUUUUCCUUGGUAAAGUUGUCUUACGAGAUAAUGACACGAUUAAUAUUUUGAACAAUGCAAAAAGAUUAAAAUUUUUAUUUGACGUUUAAGUGGAUAUGAAAUAUUCCUUCUAUAUUCCAAUAUCUGCUUGCUUUUAGUUAAUUUGAUACAGCAGACAUGUAACCAAUUUGUUUUGAGUGAAUUAUUUUCUACCUAAAAUAACAGUGAUGAUAGCUGCCAAACCAGGUAUAUUGCAAAGGCAAUGACUGUUUAAAAAAACUGACAUUGCAAAUAUUUAUGGGAAACCAUGAUAUUUUAAUACAUGUAUUCAUCUUGUAAAAUGUUCAAACACAUGUUCUCAACAUUUAUUAUUUCUUUAUAGUGAAGAGAUUCAACAACUUUUUUCCUGUUUUGAACAUGUAUAUGGUAGGGAGCAUGAGAACAUAUUUUAUCUAACUAUAACUGCAUUAAAUAACCUUUCCCCAUCCAUCUCUUCCCAGGCUAUGGCAGCCAGUAUUCUACUGUGUGAGAAAUUCUCGACAAUUUAAAGUGCUAGAUAAAUUGUGUUAACACUUUGGAAAGAUUACCCCAAAAUUAUUGCCCAGUAAGAAAUUCUUAAAUCUAUACUUGACUAUAUCUGUUUUAGGUAAGAUUUUUUUAAAAAUUGAUACGGAGUGGUCUACUGAUAGUUUAUAAUGUGAAUGUACUUAAAAAUGAAAAUUUUGUUGACAUUUAUAUUUACUAAAACUGGAUACAGUGAGCUUUCUUUGAAAAUUUUUUUUCUAAGAACCCAAAUCAGCACCAUUGUAAUGCACAAAUAAAAAGACAACAGAACUAAAAUAACAAAACCUUCCUCUCAAACCCUCACUGGCUGAAGUGUGUUUGUCUAGGGCUUGUCCCAUCCCAUAGACGUGUGCUUGGGUUUGAUACCCAGUUCUAACUCUUGUGUAAACAGAGUGGUGAUGACUCAAAUAGUGUGGAUUCCUGCCAUUCACGGGGAAGACCUGAAUUGUGUCCUGGCCCCUGUCCCAGCCACAGCUGUUGGCAUUGGGAGGAAGGAACCAGCAGACUGAGUUCUUGUUUCUUCUAUUUCUGCCCUCAAGUAACAAAAAAUACAUCAUGAAAAAUUUACAUUUCUAAAAGUAACACUGAGUUGUUGCCAACAGACCUGAAUCUACUGAGCACAGCCAUAGCUCUGACCCAUUACAAAACCAAAAUGAGUAGGGAAAAAGACCUCAAAGAGCUGAGAUAUGACAACAAAGUAAUGAUGUCAUCCAGACAGGCCACUUAAAGGGAAGCUUAAUAACUUAAAAGACCAUCGCUGGUCACUAACAGGGAACAAAAGCAAAGCGACCAGUACAAAAAGUACCAGACUUACUAUGAAAACUUGUGUUCAUUUGGAAAGCUGUGAUGUAUGGUUUAAUUUGACCUCA